CGUGCCAGCUGCUUCUUUCGUGUUUAUGGGCCUGAAACUUCGUCAGCCUUUUUACAAGGAUCCAUGGACGUUUCGGGACAGUUCGUCAGUUCCCCGAACCCUGGAGGCCGUUCCGGUGUAGGGUUUAGGGAUUCGGGAAGCCGCCGCUCCGCAACCCUGGCGAGGCAUCUACUCCGGAGUACCUGCCGUUGGCUUCCAGCGAGGAAUUGGGGUAAUGGCUUUCACUAGUAGGAUUGGAAAUGUGCUCAGGAGAACUUCGCUGCUCUCUAGCUUGCCUCUUCUUCAGGCAGUAAGAUGCAUGUCCUCUUCAAAACUUUUUGUUGCAGGGCUUCCAUAUGCCAUAGAUGAAACCACUCUGAAGAAUGAAUUUUCAAAAUAUGGGGAUGUACUUGAAGCCCGAAUCAUCACUGAUCGGGAAUCUGGUCGCUCAAGGGGAUUUGGAUUUGUAACUUAUACAUCCAGCGAAGAAGCCUCAGCUGCAAUUACUGCCAUGGAUGGCAAGGAACUUCAAGGACGUCCUGUAAAGGUGAGCCAUGCCAAUGACCGUGCUGGUGGAAUACGUGGAGGUGGUGGAUUUGGCUUUGGUGGUGGUUAUGGUGGUGGAGGUGGAUAUGCUACUGGCGGGUAUGGCGCUGGUGGUGGGUAUGGCGCUGGCGGUGGAUUUAGUUCUGGGGGGUAUGGUGGUAACGGCAGUGCGUAUGCUGGCACCAGUGGAUAUGGUGAUGGAGCUGGUGGCGGCAGCGGCUAUGGUAGCAACUACAACAAUGCUUCUGGCGGUGGAUAUGGAGGUGGUGGAAGCUAUGGUACCACUGGCAAUCCUGGUGGAAGCACUGGUAGAUACAGUUCUCCGAGCACCUAUGGUGCAGGCAACUACAACAGUGGAGCUCCCGGUGGCGGAAGCUUUGGUGAAUGUGGUGGCGGUUUCGGUAAUGGAGGUUUCGGUGCUGCUGCUGGUCCCAACAACGGCAACAGCAACUUUGCUGGGAAUCCGACUAGUGGCAGCAACUUUGCUCGAAAUGUGACCAGUGGCAGCUACAGUGGCCACAACGGUGCUGGAGGAUUUUCUGGUAGCCCUACAGGCUAUGGGGAUAACAUGCCGCAGUACAAUGGCCAAGAUGACCUGCUGGGUGAUGACUACUUCGACUCCAAGGAAGCGGCAGAGAAUAGAUGAGGGGGCUGCAUCCUUUCAUCUCUCGCACGUUGCUGCAGAUCUUUUGUUUAUCCUAGCUUCAUUGGAUCAGGCGUGAUAAUAGAGAAAAUAAAAACUUCGUCUGAGCUUAUUAGGGUUAUAGUAGAGCACACGCUGCUUUAGUUUUUCGCAUUCUGUUUCCAGACACGUUAUGUGAUGUUUUUCUUUCCACAUUGGUUGGAGUUACAUGCUCUUUUGUGAAUAAACCGGUGGUUAAAUCC